AUGAACGACAAAGUCAAAUUUGCCGAGGGCUUCAAAGAUGUCCAAGAGAGUUUCUACAGCAUGUCGGCGGCGUUGCAGGUGUCGGAAGAAAAACUCGCUCGAUCGCUGGAACGAGAAGCGACGCUCGAAAAGGAGCUCGAAACUCUGGCAGGGGAGCAGCAGCGAACGCUCGAAAAGUAUCACGAGUUGAAGGAAAAAUAUGCAGACAUGAAGGGCAAGCUUCGAAGCGUCAUGACGAUGGAUCUUUCGGCGACGCCGAUGCCGACCAAAAUCGAGGUCAAAAAAGUCGUCGAGACGGAGAUUUGCGAAAACUCGCCGACGCCGACUGAAGACGGCCGAAAAUCUGUGGCGAAGAAGGAGUCGCGGCCUUCCAGUGGAAAGGGGCGCAAAUCGGUUACUCCGGAAAAGACGAAGAAGGAGUCCAGACGAGAAAGUGUUUCAAAUGAAGAAUUGAAGAAGAAAGAGGAACAGCCGAAAUCACCCAAGAAAUCAAGCCCUGCAUCUCGACCGAUUUCGCGAGCAAAAGAGCAGCAAAACGAAGAAAAAUCAAAAACGACUUCUCGUCCAAGUUCUGGAAAGAUAAAAGAAGCCGAAAAAUCAGCGAAAUCAAGCCGACCAACAUCGAGCGCCUCAAAAGCUCCCGAAAUCAAGGAAGAAAAAGUUGAAGAGCAAAAAGCUGAAAAAGAGGAAAUUCCAGCUACUCCUCGACCAAGCAUGGUUCAGGACAGAAAUGAAUCGGGAGGGGACGCCGUCGAGGAAAAGAAAAAUGAAGAUGAUGGAGUAGAAAAAGUUGAGGAAGAAAAGAAGGAAGAGAAGGCUGAGGAAGUUAAAGAAGAAGCCAACGAAGUGGACACGGAAAUAAUCGGCCCAAGGGAUUCGACUUCUGAAGAAGCUGAGAACGAUGUGGGAAAGGAGUCAAUGUCUGCUGAGUAA